GACUGACUUCGAUUAAUUGUGCCCGUCAUUCUCCGGCAAACAAUUUAAUUUUUGUGAAAACGUUUACAACUGAUAAAUUACAAUGUUGAACAAUUACAAUGGAAUGGCGCAGCCCUUGUGGCAAAACGGCCCCACGCCCGGCGAGUUCUACAACUUCACUGGCGGACAAACGGUCCAGAAGCUGCCUCGCGAAUUGACCACCGCCGGACCCUAUGGAACCAAGCGCAGCACAGCUGCCAUCACCACGGGCUCCUCCGUGCUGGGCAUUCGCUACGACGGCGGAGUCAUGCUCGCCGCGGAUACUCUGGUGUCCUACGGAUCGCUAGCCCGCUACCAAAACAUCGACCGAGUGUUCAAGAUUAACAAGAACAUACUGUUGGGCGGCAGCGGUGACUUCGCUGAUAUCCAGUACAUUAAACGCAACAUCGACCAAAAGAUGAUCGAGGAUCAGUGCUACGACGACAAUAUUGAGAUGAAGCCCAAGUCCCUUGCCAGCUGGAUGACCCGUGUGCUGUACAACCGACGUUCUCGUAUGAAUCCCUUGUACAUCGAUGUGGUGGUCGGUGGAGUUGAACAGGACGGCACUCCAUAUCUGGCUAACGUUGAUCUGCGUGGCCGUGCCUACGAGGACUUUGUAGUGGCCACUGGCUUCGCCCGCCAUCUGGCAGUUCCGCUGGUGCGCGAGAACAAGCCAAAGGAUAGGGAGUUCACAGCCGACGAGGCCUCUCAAUUGAUCCGCAAGUGCAUGGAGGUACUUUAUUACCGCGACACCCGUAACAGCUCGUCAUACACUGUGGGCGUGUGCACCCCCAGUGGAUGUGGAGUGGAGGGACCCUACCAGGUCAACGAGAACUGGACGUUUGCUGCCACUAUCAAGGGAUAUUAGCUGAUAUGAAGCUGGUUGAACGUAUUUUAGGUCAGGCUCCUCGGUUUUUGUAUGAAUUAAAAUUACAUCUUAAAGAAUAA